CUUUCUUCGGUGAAAGGGGCCUCUCCGUGCCAAUCACAGAAGGUUGGCCAGGUAGGUGUGUAGGUCCAAGCUUGCUCUCUACUCCCCGAUCUUUAAGCGGCGACCUCAAGCAAAAAUCUGCUCUCGUUGUCUCCCACACUUUCCCCGUGACAGCUCCCUCCAGUCUCUUCCAGCUCAUCACAACCACUCCGCUCCAUCACGAAGAAGACCAUCAAACCCAUCAUAUCCAUCACAAUGGCCUCUUCUCUCCGCAUGUCCGUCCCAAAGAUGGCCUCCAUGGCCGCUCAGAGCACCACCAAGGUCGCUCGCCCAGCUCAGUUCCAGAAGUUCACUCGUGCAUACUCUGCUGCCACCCGCAACACCGCCACCUUCAACACCAUGAAGCGCACAUCCACCAUCAUGCAGGCCGCCCGCACCAAGGUCUCCCCAAUCGGUGCCCAGGCCAAGCGUGCCUACUCUUCUGAGAUGGCCAACGCCCUUGUCCAGGUCUCGCAGAACUUGGGUAUGGGUUCUGCCGCCAUUGGUCUCGGUGGUGCCGGUAUCGGUAUUGGUUUGGUCUUCGCCGCUCUCCUCCAGGCUGUUGCCCGCAACCCAUCUCUCCGUGGCCAGCUCUUCUCUUACGCCAUUUUGGGUUUCGCUUUCGUCGAAGCCAUUGGUCUUUUCGACCUCAUGGUUGCCAUGAUGUGCAAGUACGUCUAAACGAAUCGAUCAACCUCAUCAACACGCGCGCACACAACAACACCACCACCACUAUUAUUGCAGCAUAGCGGGGCGGUGUUAUCUCGGAGCAAUUGUAACAGUAUCACGAAACUUGAAAUCAACUCAAAUGGAGCUUUGAAACGGGUUACACACAACAACAACGCAUACACUAUAGACAUACAACGGAUCGGAUAGAGCAUAGAGGGGAGCAGCGGUGCGCGCACUUCGGUUUGGUUUUGCUUAGGGCGGCUUUUGGUACGACUAUGAAACCUACGAAGACUACUACACUCUUGUACACAUUCGAGCUGGAGAGGAGUGUGGCUGUACCCUUGGUAUGAGAAGUUGGAAAAAUCGAGUAUGAGCUUUCUUUUGUGAUGAUCUUGUCCUGUGCCAUGUCCUCAGAGUUACUUGAUGAUGCCUGAUGUCUCGAUGAGCUGCUACAGCAACUCCUGUAGUUGCGCGAGAGCUAGGCUGCGGCUGAUGAUUUGGGCUCGAACCAUCGAAUGUACGAGUAUGAGGAUCGCGUUGACCUCUCC